AUGACCAUGACCACCAUGCCAGAGAGCCUAAAUAGCCCCGUCUCAGGCAAGGCGGUCUUCAUGGAGUUUGGCCCGCCCGGGCAGCAAAUGCCUCCGUCGCCCAUGGCCCACGGCCACUACUCCAUGCACUGUUUACACUCGGCCGGCCACUCGCAGCCGGACAGCUCGUACAGCGCCGCGUCCUCUUUCUCCAGACCGCUGGGCUACCCCUAUGUCAACUCGGUCAGCGGCCACUCGGGCAACCCUUACAUGAGCUCGGUGCAGUCCUACCCCAACAGCACCAGCUUGGCUCAGACUCGGUUAGAGGAGACAGGCACCGAGACAGAGAAAAGCACCGUGGUGGAAGGCGGCGAAGUGCGCUUUAACGGCAAAGGGAAAAAAAUCCGGAAACCCCGGACGAUUUACUCCAGCUUGCAGCUCCAGGCUUUGAACCGGCGCUUCCAACAGACCCAGUACCUGGCUUUGCCGGAAAGAGCCGAGUUGGCCGCUUCCUUGGGCCUCACCCAGACUCAGGUCAAGAUCUGGUUCCAGAACAAGCGCUCCAAAUUCAAGAAGCUAAUGAAGCAAGGGGGAGCCGCCUUGGAAAGCAGCGCCCUGGCCAACGGGAGGUCGCUGUCGGCCAGCUCUCCGCCCGGACCGCCAGUCUGGAACACCAGCUCGUCGUCGGGUAAGAGCUCCACGGGAACCCCGGGCACCUACAUCCCCAGCUACACGUCUUGGUACCCUUCGGCCCACCAGGAGACUAUGCAACAGCCUCAGCUGAUGUGAGGAGCGAAGGGUUGGCCGGCUCCGGUUUGUGUUGUUUUGUUUUGGUUUUUUUUUUUUUUUGCUUUUGUGUUUUUGUUUCGUUUUUGUUUUUUUAUUUUACUUUUGCAACGUUUGAACCGAUAAGCCGAUCGCCCCCAUCGGCUGGAACCACCGAACGAACGAAACGAACUAACGAAGAAAACAAAGGCACCCUUGUUGGCCUGGGGAAAUCGCACCGCGGAAAGGAAAGCCGCCUUCGUUCCCCCCACCCCCCCUUUAGAAAGCCUGAGCCAGCCGGAGCGUCUCUGGGUCGCCGACGGUUUUGGGUCGCAGCUCCCCGAGACAAGCACAGAUGCCAGGCGGGGCUGGUUCCCACUGCAGACAGCUGACGCGGCGGCCCCAGAUAGUCCUCCAGCCACGCCGGAUGACAGCCUGCCAGCAGCAGCGCGGAAUCCGGCCCUCGGCAUGGGUGGACCGUCAGGACGCCGGCAGCAAAAACCUGUUUGUCCGAGGAAGGGAGGGGGAGCAGGGUCCUCUCUGUUGUCCGUCUUUCUGUCCUGUCCAAAUGACACUUGGCCAUUCCCUUCAACUCAUCCUUUCUUUCUGGGCUUCGCCAAGGAACAACCUUUCCUUUCCUUUCCUUUCCUUCCUUUCCUUCCUUCCUUCCUUCCUUCCUUCCUUCCUUCCUUCCUUCCUUCCUUCCUUCCUUCUCAG